AUGGAUCUUCAAGUACGACUCGAUCAGGAAUGGGGAGCCUACACAGAAAAAGACACUGUGUCUGGCCAGCUAGUCCUCCGUAACAAGGCGCCGGUGAAUAUCUCAACAAUUAUAGUCAAGUUGUUUGGGAUAGCAACGUCGCGACUAAAUUCUGGGAAAUAUAUCGAGUCCCAUCAGUUAUUCCAAAGGGUUCAAAAUGUUUUCCCACCUCAGAAGAUGGCAGAGAUGCCCGGUUCCAGAAGUCUAACUGUCGGCUGUGGGACACACGUCUUUCCGUUCUCCCUCACGACUCGCAAUAUCCUUUUCUACCCCGUGCACGGCUUUAGCCUUCCAAAAAGCAUACUAGGAAGAAGAUGUCUUCUCCCCAUCAGCCAUGAUUCUGUCGGAUCCUGCAGCCCACUGGCAUACCAGGUUGACGUCGAACUGCUGAACGGACAGUGCUUACUUCUAGGCUAUCCUAUUCCACUGAAGAUCAAGCUCACCAAGGUCGGAGACAGAGAAUGCUUCGUAUGGUUGAAUGACUUCCAGACCAUGCUCGUGGGAUCAACGGAGACGCAUGCCUCUGGGCUUGUCGAGAAAGACACACACUUCCAGGUCAUACAAACCAUGUCGAACAUCCAUCACGUUGUCAGCCAUGAUCGGGCCCUACAUGGGGCUGAAUUAUGUAUUGGGGAUAGUCUCUGGAACAAACAUCGACUACCAAUCGCGCUCACACCGUCGUUUGAGACCUGCAAUAUCAGUCAAACAUAUACGCUCGAAGUCAGACUAGGCCUGCAAUGUGGCUACUCUAAGUUCAGGACGACGAUAUUGGAGUUUAGUUUCCCGGUUCAUCUCACACCUCCAUCGAUGGAUCCCGACCCGUAUGAGGCGAAAUCUGCUAAGCUGUUCUAA